AUGAUAUUAUGCGUAGGUGAUAUUGUUCCACCCACAACAGAAAAAGCAAAGGUGUUAAGAAGAAUAAUUUUCUUUAUAAUUUUUUUACAAAUAUGUUUAGCUUUAGGAAAACUGUAUUAUGAUUUAUGGGCAGGUGUAGCAGAAUUUACAUCAGCUUUUAUAUUAUGGUAUUGUAAAAAUUAAUCAUUAGGUGUGCUUAAGCUUAAUUAAAUUAUUGUAAUUGUGUGAUUUACAUAUUCUUUUGUCUAAUGAAUACUUUUCUGAUUGUGGUUAAUUUUAUGACUGAUAUCUAAAAUAAAGUCAACCUUUAAUCUUUAUCAAAUGAUGUUAGAAAUUAGUUUUUACUUUAAGCAAUCUCUUUAACAUUUUAUAUUGUCUCUGUGUACUUCACUUUUUAAGCAUAUAAAGAAUUUAAAGUAAAAAUAAAAUUUAUUUUAAGGGAAUAGCAUAUGAUGUAUAUGCUGCAACAACUAAUGAUCAAGUACUUUCAAAAUCAAAUAUAAGAUAACAAUUAGAAAUGCAUAGUUUUGAAAAUUGA